GUCUACAUGCGUCUAUAAAUGCACCUCCAUGUAGUAGUCUUGUCCUUUCCUAACGAAGGUGCUGUGUCUAGUCUACAGAGGAUCUACAACUUCUACCAGCAAUAUGUCAAAAGACCAGGCUUUUGUGACAUUGGCGACCAAUGACAACUAUGCCAGAGGAGCCAUGGUCCUGGGCAAGUCCCUGAGGAACCACCAGACAACCAGGCAGCUGGUGGUGAUGAUCGGACCCAAAGUUUCUGAUCCCUGCAAGGGAGUGCUUCACAAGAUCUUUGACGAGGUCUUGUUGGUGGAAGUGUUGGACAGCAGAGAUGCAGCUCACCUGACCCUGAUGAAGAGACCUGACCUGGGAGUCACCUUCACCAAGCUACGCUGCUGGACCCUUACACACUAUUCCAAAUGUGUCUUCAUGGACGCAGACACACUGGUGGUACAGAACAUAGAUGAGUUGUUUGACAGGGAGGAGCUGUCUGCGUCCCCGGACCCCGGCUGGCCAGACUGUUUCAACUCCGGCGUGUUCGUGUUCCGGCCCUCCGACGAGACCUACGGCAAACUGCUCCAGUACUGCACAGAACACGGCAGCUUCGAUGGAGGAGACCAGGGGAUCUUGAAUGGCUACUUCAGUGACUGGGCAACAGCAGAUAUAUCCAAACACCUCCCCUUCAUCUACAACCUCAGCAGCAUAGCAAUCUACACCUACCUUCCAGCAUUCAAACAAUACGGUGGCAACGCCAAGGUGGUCCACUUCCUGGGUCAGACCAAGCCGUGGAGCUACACGUACGACCCCACGACCAAGAAGAUCAGCGGGGACAUGCAGGAGACCUCCACACACCUCAGCUUCCUCCUGGACUGGUGGUUCCUCUACUCGUCCUCUGUGGUGCCCAUGAUGGCGGAGGGAUACGGAGACCAGCCCUUCCACUCUGGCUGCGUGGAAGUCAGUCUAGAAUUCCAAUCCUCGGUCAAAGAAAGUUGUAAUCAUGAUGGUCACUGGCCUGCGCUGUGGUCCCAGAUCUGUAGUCCCAAGGAGGAUGGAUGGAAGGGAAGCAGCACGUCCCAUGAGCCCCAUCACACUGAGCCAUACAUGCCACCCGAGACAUCCGAGGAACGCAAGCAGAAAUGGGAGCAGGGCCAGGCGGACUACAUGGGAAUAGACUCGUUUGACAAUAUCCAGAAAAAGCUUGAUGCUUUUCUCAAAUAAAGGUCUACAAGGGAUCACUUAGUUUGACAGAUUGAUUUAGUUAUUGCCCCCCCCCCCCCCCCCCCCCCC